AUGAGCGAGCCAAUCGCCAUAAUCGGCACAGCAUGCCGAUUCCCUGGGGGUGCCGACACACCGUCCAAACUUUGGUCACUUCUUCAACGUCCCCGGGAUCUGAGCAGCAAGCCACCAUCAAAUCGGUUCAACAUUGAGCCCUUCUAUAAUCCUGUUGGCACUCACAGUGGCACCACAAACGCCUCCAAGUCCUAUUGGUUGGAAAAUGACAUCACGCGGUUCGAUGCGAACUUCUUCAACAUUCAGCCCGCAGAGGCAGAAGCUAUGGACCCGCAACAGCGGAUUCUAUUGGAGGUAGUCUACGAUGGUCUCUGCGCUUCAGGACAACCAAUAAACUCUCUUCGCGGCUCGGAUACAGCUGUGUAUGUGGGCCAGAUGUCCGAUGAUUACAACUACGUCCUGAACCGGGACUGGCUGACCUUGCCGCGGUACGCUGCCACUGGCAUCGAGAGAGCUAUCGUGGCAAACCGUAUCUCCUAUUACUUCGACUGGCACGGUCCUAGUAUGAGUGUGGAUACGGCUUGUUCUAGUAGCCUGGUUGCUCUGGAUCAAGCAGUACAGACCUUACGGAGCGGCAAGUCCAAGAUGGCGGUGGCUGCAGGAACAAACCUGAUUCUGAGUCCAGCUGUGCUCAUCUCCGAAAGCAAUCUAGGGAUGCUCUCGCCAGCUGGUCGUUGCGCUAUGUGGGAUGAUGCGGCCGAUGGAUAUGCACGUGGAGAAGGCGUGGCGGUUGUCCUGCUCAAAACUCUCUCGCAGGCGCUUGCUGACAAUGAUCCGAUCGAGUGCGUGAUCCGAGAGACGGCUGUCAACCAAGAUGGCCACGCUGCACCAGGCCUGACCAUUCCGAGCAACAUUACCCAGGCCGCCUUGAUCCGCGAGUGCUACGCUCGCGCGGGUUUGGAUCCUAUCAACAACAUCGUCGAUCGCCCACAAUUCUUCCAGGCUCACGGUACCGGCACACAAGCUGGUGACCCGCAGGAGGCCGGGGCCAUCGCGCGGGCGCUGUUUCCUGCCACAGGAGAGGUCGGAAAGUUACUCGUGGGCUCGAUAAAGACGAUUAUAGGUCAUACUGAGGGCACUGCCGGCAUCGCAAGCGUUAUAGCUACAUCUUUGGCGCUCAAACACGGUGUCAUCCCCCCGAAUCUACAUUUCCAAACACUUAACCCAAAGAUCACUCCCUUCUAUGAGAAUCUGAUGAUCCCGACAGCGGCAAAGCCGUGGCCAAGAACUGUUGAUGGUCAGGUACGGAGAGCAAGUGUGAACAGCUUCGGCUUUGGUGGCACCAACGCCCAUUGUAUAUUGGAGCAACACAUUCCCGAAUCCCAGUCUGCUCCACCGGGCCAGGUCCUUUUCACUCCACUCAUCUUCUCGGCUACUUCUGAGUGGUCUCUUCGGGCCAUGCUGUCGGACCAUCUCGAGUAUCUGAAGGCAAAUCCUGGCGUCAACCUCGAGGACUUUGCCUAUACAGCACAAGAACGGCGCACCACGCUCAACUACCGCGCAUAUAUUGCCUCACCGACCAUAGAGGAAGCGAUCAAGUCGCUGGAUGGUCUUGUCGUAAGCCAGGCGGAUCUGGGGAUUCGAUCUGGUGCAAACAAAGCAAAGCCGAAGGUGCUCGGUAUCUUCACGGGACAGGGCGCGCAGUGGCCUCGAAUGGGGGCGCGCCUGAUCGAGUUAUCAUCUUUCGCUGCGUGCCGCGUUGAUGAGAUGGACGAAGCUUUGCGUACUAUCCCCAACGCGGCAGAGCGGCCGUCGUGGACGCUCAAGGAACAGCUACUAGCAGGCAAGGAUACAUCUCGCAUUACUGAGGCUGCGCUCUCGCAGCCCCUCUGUACCUUGGUGCAAAUCCUCCUCGUAGACAUUCUACGUUCUGCCGGCGUUUCGUUUCACGCUGUUGUUGGACAUUCGUCAGGAGAGAUUGGUGCUGCCUACGCUUCUGGUCUCGUGUCAGCUCGAGAUGCUAUCCUGAUCGCUUACUUCCGUGGUCUUCACGCCAAGUUGGCCGCAAGCCCCUUCCAUCAUGCCUCCCGUGGGGCCAUGAUGGCUGUUGGUACCUCUCUUGAUCUCGCUACUGCGUUUUGUGAGGAAAGGUUUGCCGGCAGGCUGCAGGUUGCCGCAGUCAAUUCUACCUCGAGCAUUACACUGAGUGGCGAUGCCGACAUUGUGGAUGAGGCAGUAGCAACUCUGAAAGCCCAGGGAACGUUUGCCCGGAAGCUUCAGGUUGACACUGCUUAUCACAGCGCACACAUGACCACGUGCGCGGCGCCUUACCUUGCCUCGCUGGAAGGCUGUGGUGUACAGCCACUUGCAAAGACCUCUCAAGAGUUCUCAAGUACUCUCUGGUACUCCAGCGUGUACGAGGGAAAGGUGAUGCAGGGGGAGGAUCUGAAAAACCAGUACUGGGUUGAAAAUAUGUGCAAGCCGGUCCUGUUUUCCGGUGCUUUGGCGAGCGCCGUUGAGACGUCUGGCUCAUUUGACUUGGCCGUUGAGGUUGGACCCCAUCCUGCACUCAAAGGUCCAGCGUUGGCCGCUGUCAGCGCGGACUGUCCUUACACAGGACUGCUUGCUCGUGAUAGAGACGACGUCGAGCAACUGAGCGCCGCAUUCGGUUACAUCUGGGCCCGACUAGGUGACGAGAGUGUGCACUUCACCGCCGUACAGGCGUUGUUGUCCGGAAGGCUUAAACAUGACGAGUGGCGUGUGAUCACCGACCUGCCUCCAUAUCCGUUCGAUCACCGGCAAACCUUCUGGCACGAUAGCCGAGUUGCCAAUCAGUACAAGCACAGGGCCGAGAGGGAAGUGCCGAAUCCUGUACUGGGAAUGCCAUGCUCAGAGGCUCUCACACCUGGGGAAUUCCAAUGGCGCAACGUACUGCGACCCAGCGAAAUGCCUUGGCUCAGGGGCCAUAUGUUGCAAGGCCAGUUGGUGUUCCCGGCUACUGCAUACGUGAGCAUGGCGAUCGAGGCCAUUAACUCGCUUCACCUCGCCCACGACUAUGGCCGCGACGUUGCUGUUAAUAUCAGCAUGCUGAAGCUCACCAAUGUCGAGAUUCCGAGCGCGAUUACUUUCAACGAUGACUCUGCCAGCGUGGAAACCAUCUUCAGUGUGUCUUCUGUCUCGAGAGUUGAUGGCCGUUUAAUGGCAGACUGGGCUUGUUAUUCCGUGCCCGAGGGCAGGGGGACCAGAAUCGUGCUCAACGCCAAGGGUAAGGCACAGGCCCAGCUUUCUCGACCCGAGCCCAACGCGCUGCCUCCGGCGAAGGAUAGUGCCUACAACUUGGCACAUGUCCCUGAGGCAUAUUUCUACGAGAAUCUGUCCCUAAUCGGUUACGACUAUUCGCCUCCCUUCCGAGGCCUUUCAAACAUUACACGUAAGCCCGGGUACAGCGCGGGUAAGCUGGUUGAUCAGUCUUCUUCCGCGUGGUAUGACGACCUUAUCCUGCAUCCUGGUAUGCUAGAUUCUGCUCUACAGACUAUCUUUGCUGCAUGGUCGUUCCCGGGCGAUGGCCGGAUUUGUUCUCUCUACAUGCCUGUCUCAGUGGAUACCAUUACUAUCAACACCUUCUUCACCUCGCUGGGCGAUGGAGGCAACGAGUCACGCGUGAGCUACAAAAGUACGGUCCGAAGUCAGGAAUCGUCCAAGAUUGUGGGGGACAUCUACCUAGACACCGAAGAAAGCGAACAUCCACAGGGUUUCAUUCAGUUGGAGGGUGUGUCAUUUGUUCCCUUCUCUCGAGCCACCGCUAAAGAUGACGAGCCUAUGUUCUCGCGCCUCACGUAUGCUGUGAGCAAGCCAGAUGGCGAGCAGGCCAGUGCCGGAGAGCUAUUGUCUGCCUACCAGGUGCAGCUGUACAAAGAUGUUGACCGCAUAUCGUACUGGUACAUACGUAAUGCAGCGGCCGCCAUUCCUGCUGAGGAGCGCUUCAACCUCCUCCCACACUAUCAACAUUACCUGGCCUGGUGUGACCGCAUGGUAGACAUCAUAAGCAGCGGCAAGAGUGAGAAGGUGCCAGACUCCUGCAACAACGAUACCAGCAAAGAGAUCGACCCUCUCCUGGCGCGGUACUCGGACCGUAAGGACGUCCGCUUCGUGCAGGUGGUCGGCGACAAUUUGGUUGAUGCGAUUCGGGAGGGCCAGUCUAUGGUAGAUCAUAUGGACCAGAAUGGUUUACUGCGCGCCUUCUUCGCCGAGGACGCCCUCUUCUACGGCCCCACCUUUCGCUGGAUUGCUCGCAUUAUGGGCCAGAUUUCGCAUCGAUUCCCCGGCGCGAACAUUCUCGAGAUCGGCGCCGGCAUAGGUACCACCACAGGCGCAGUGCUGGAGACUAAAUUUCAGGGCUACUCGUCGUCAACCUUCACUGACGUCUCCACCAGUCUAUUUCUGCCAGAUGACGAACGAUCUGUGGAAAAGGCCAACCGUAUGGCGUUCAAAACCUUUGAUAUGGACCAGGAGCCAUCCGCUCAGGGCUUCAGCGAGCGCUCUCAUGACGUGGUGGUCGCUGUGAAUGUGCUACACACCUCGGUGGAUGUCAAAGGCUCUUUAGCCAACGUGCGCAAGCUGUUAAAGCCCGGUGGGUUCCUCGUCGUUGCCGAGCUCACUUCCACCGACCUGCUCUUCAGCGGAAUGACGCUCGGCACACUGCCGGACUGGUGGAUCGGCGCCGACACAGACCGCCCUUGGGGGCCUCUGCUUGCUUUACCGCAAUGGGAUGCGACGUUAAGGGAGGCUGGCUUCAGCGGCAUCGAUACUGUGACAUCAGAUAUCAGUGCCUCUCUUCCCACAAACGUUUUUGUUGCCCAGGCCAUCGAUGACAAGGUCAACCUGCUGCGCGAGCCCCUGGCCGCGGCGGGCCUCCCACCUGGCAUCUGGACGGAUGCACUGGCCAUUAUCGGUGGGAUUACUGAGCCCAUUCAGGAGCUGGCGUGGCAGAUUUAUGCCGCUGUUGGAUGCCGCUUUCGGCGCAAAGAAGUGUUUCGUACUGUCGAAGAUUACGCCUGCUCCGCCAUGGCCCAGUCGAGCUCCAUUGAUGGGUCGGUCGCCGUCCUCUGCGUGACUGAUUUGGACAGGCCUUACUUGGAAACUUUGACAAAUUCCAGGUUCGAGGCGUUGAAGACGCUGUGGACUACUGCUGGCACUGUGGUCUGGACGACCAGCGGCUCCCGCGAUUCGAAUCACUUCAGCUACAUGAUGAAUGGUAUUAUCAGGACUGUCACCAAUGAGUACCCUGAUCUGAACGUACAAGUGUUUGAUUUGGACGACAAGUUCGGCAUUCAACCAGACACAGCACUUGUCCUAGUCGAAGCACUUCUGAGGCAGCUCAUGCUUCAUACAUGGGGCACGGAUACCGGUGCCUUCUUAUGGACGGCAGAGCCUGAAAUCUUUGUUGAAAAUGGACGCCAACUCAUCACCAGGGUUCAGCCUGACCAUGAGAAGAAUUUGCGGUACAAUUCCCACCGUCGCGAUGUCAUGAAGCCUGUCAAUACAGCCAAGGACACAAUCCGGCUAGCUGGCGUUCAGGACCUUUCUUUUGAGUUGCAGGAUGUAUCACCGUUGGAACUGAUCAGACCGCCAGGGUCUCUCGCCGAGUAUCGAACAAUCAGAAUUACCCACUCACUUCUACAGAGUGUGGCCGUCGGCCACUAUGGGUUUUUCCGCGUCUGUGCUGGAGUCGAUGUCGAGACGGCGGAGGUGGUUUUGGCACUAUCUGGCUGUGCGUCGUCUCCUGCCAGCAUUCCUGCACCCUGCUGUCUUCCCAUAGCCAACGCUCCCUCAGCGUCGGCGCUGGUAUCAGUGGCUUCCAACCUGGUUGCCGAGCAGAUACUCGCCCUGGCCCCUGCUGGAAGCACGCUACUCGUCAACGAGUCCCAUCCUCAAGUGCGCCUGGCUAUUCUAGCCAAAGCCAACCGCAAGCGUGUCAGCGCGAGGUUUACGUCGUCGCGGCCUGCAAGAGACAGGGGAUUGAAAGGACUUGACGGCUCGGAGCCUGUCUUUCUCCAUCCCGACAAUCCCCGGCAUCUCAUCCAAGAGGUGGUGCCAGCGAACACCGCUGUCUUUGUACACUUUUCGCGCGGUGCGAGGUCAGAGGCUCUGAGAGUUGCCAUCUCCAAGUUCUUGCCGGCCUCAUGUCUCAGGAUCUCGGAGGAGGCGCUGCUGAGCAGUACGGUGGGCUGUGGUAUGACCACUGGUUGCACUACUGAUGCGGCUGUGGCGACCGUGGUGGCCCUGAUGCUAAGAAAUGCUUGGUACGAUUCUGGUGAGGGCGGCGGCUCGGUGUCAUUAUCCACGACAGAGGACAGCUCCAUAGCCCUCGGGGAUGUUGUUGACCGCACUGCUGUCAGGGAGGGCCUGGCUGUGGUCGACUGGAAUGCCGAUCAGGUGGAUGUCAAGGUUCAGCCGAUCGACUCCGGCAUUCUCUUCGGUGCAGACAAGACUUACGUCUUCAUCGGAAUGGCGACCGAACUCGGCCAGUCUCUUGCCGGGUGGAUGAUGGCACAUGGGGCUCGUCAUAUCGUCCUAACCAGUCGAAACCCCAGGGUCAAUCCGAGAUUCAUCGCCGAUAUGGAAAGCAAGUAUCCUGGCGCUGUAGUCAAAGCCAUGUCCGUCGACGUCACAUCUGGCGAGUCGCUUCGCGCCAUGAAAGACACCAUCAUGGCCACUCUUCCUUCAAUCGGUGGCAUUGUCAACGGCGCCAUGGUUUUGGAUGACAGGCUCUUCGCCAAUAUGAGCUAUGAGCAGUUUGAAAAAGUUGCCAAGCCCAAGGUGCUGGGAACACAGCUGCUGGACGAUCUGUUCCACGACGACAGCUCCUUGGACUUCUUUAUUGUCGCGUCGAGUAUUACUGCGGUUAUCGGAUGGACAGGCCAAAGCAACUAUUCAGCUGCCAACAAUUUCAUGACAUCUCUGGUAUGCAAUAGACGGGACAGGCGCGGAGUCGUUGGGUCCGCCAUGGUCAUCCCUGCUGUUAAAGGCGUUGGCUUUGCGGCGCGGGAGGAAAGUGGCUUCGACUUUGACUACUUCAAGUACUUGGGCUAUAUCAACAGUAGCGAAGAGGACUUUCAUACCUUGUUCGCAGAAGCUAUACUGAGCGGCCGACCUGACAAUAAGGCGAGAGGCCCUGCCGAAGUUGUCAUGGGCAUCAACUAUCUACCUGCCGAUGUUGAAGUCAUUGCCGCCCACCGCCGAGACGUCAAGUUCUGCCACUUCAUCAAGCGAGAGGAUGGCAAAGUCGCUUCUCAGAGCUCAAGCAAAGGCAGGGUCAUGCAGGUCAAGGCCCAGCUUGAAUCGGCCCAGAAUACCGAGGCGGCCCGCGCCAUCGUCAGUGCGGGCUUCCUCGCCCAGCUGAAGCGUGUGCUGCGCCUCCCCGAGGAAAGCGAGCUCGACGAGUCGACAACUCUGGUGGAACUGGGCGUCGACUCGCUGGUGGCGGUUGACAUGCGCGCCUGGUUCCUCAAGGAGGUUGGAGUCAAUGUGCCUACCCUUAAGAUCCUCGGGGGCGGUUCCAUCUCUGACCUCGUCGAUACCGUAAUGGAAGGGCUUGCCACUGUUGUCGUAUCUGAGACUGGCAUUCCAGAGAACAAUCAGCCGAAAGCAUCGGAUUGA